AUGGCGCCAAAUAAAAUUUUGAUAAUUAUAUAUAUAUUGAGUUUGUUGAUAAGUUUGAUAAAUUGUAGUGACGGUAGUAGUAGUAACUGUAGUGAUAAGUACUGUCUGUACAUGGUAGAUGAUUUAAAAAAUUCUGGUAACUUAACAUUGGAUGAAAAUUCAUGUUCAGGAAAGAGUAACAAUAGAAAUGGUUGGUUGUUGGAAGUCUACGAUGAAGAUGUUCAGCUACUGGUCGAUGGGUUCAUUGAGAAAAAUAAUUUGAAGAAUAAAAAUUUUCUCCUGGGAACCAAAAUGAAUAGGAGUGGUUGGAUGUGGAUAAAUAAUAAUCAAUAUAGUGGUAAUGUUGACGAUCAAAGUCUAAAUGGAUUCAAUUCUGUUGCAUACAUGAGUAAUACGAAUGUUGGUUCAAAUCUUCAAACUGAUUUGAGAUACGUAGCUGAUGUGCCGACAAAAAAACAUGAAGUUUUGUGUUCUAUAUCAAAUCCCACAAACUGCAGCCGGUCAAAUAGUUCGCUCUAUCAAGGCAUUUGUUACUUCAUUAUAAACGAACUUUACACGUGGUAUGAUGGAGAGAUGGAGUGUAGAAAACUGGGAGGUAGUCUGGCCAUUUUGGGUGGAGGCUCGAGUAUGAAAGAUAUUUGGAGAACUUUCAUGUUUUACAUGAAAUGGGUGCCUGGCUAUCCAAAUAAUUCACUUCAUAACUCAUGUAUCGCCGUUGGUUCUUACAACAAAACUGAAAAUGUGAAGAACGGUCUAACGAACUACAAUUGCUCCUCAACUGAAUUUCAUUAUAUCUGCAUGGAAGAUAAUAAGCCCAUGGUUGAUGGCAAGAGAGUUGGGCUUGGUGCAGGUUUAGGGUUGUCUCUGCUUUUGCUUCUUCUGGCUCUGAUAGUAUUUUUGUAUGUUUCAAAAAAGAAAACAGUAUUUUGCUUUGCCCCAUUUUACCAACCCCCAUGGAAAAGAAAAAAGCUUACUAAACCACGUGCAAACAACGACAACAACAACAAUAACAUCAAUAUAAUAUACGCUGAACCAGUCAAACUCAAAAAAACCAGCAACAAAAGUGACAACGACGAAUCAUCAGACAACGUAUAUCCCCCUCUGCAAUAUGUUGAAUUACAAUUUGACAGCAACAACAACAACAUUAGCAACAACAACAACAACAUUAGCAACAACAACCACAACAACAAUGAUGACAUUUAUUAUAAUAAUGAAAAUACCGUCAAUAGAAAUAACAUUAACAACAUUAGCAGCCAUGGAGAUAGCUCUAUGAACGCCAAUAACAUCAAUAACAACAAUAAUGAUUAUUAA